GAGCACUGUAGUGAACAAGACCAGACCACCAAGCUUGCCAAUUACGCCAUCCGCUCGCCGCGGAAGCUGCGGCAGGCGGCUACAGUCUCCCAUGUAGGCACGCACAAUCGCUCGAGAACACCAUCGGUUUCCGGCCGGGCCGUGACCUUUCUCCCACCAAAGGAGAAGAGUCUUGCUUCUCUCGCCGCGUCGCCAAGCAAGACUGAGCGAGGGAACCCACUCACUCAACCCACCAGCUCGCACUCGCUCGCUCACUAGCGCCCCUUUCCCCUUCCUUCCUUCCACACUCUAGUGACUCCUCUCCAGCUCCAUCCGCCCGUGCCGCUCCACGGCGCCGCCCCGCCAUGGCGGUGAGCAACAACAUCACGGCGUGCGUCACCUUCCUGGUCCUGCUCUGCACGGUCCCCAUCGCCGCCACGGGCGUCUGGCUCGCCUCCCGCCACGGCGGCGCCGGGUGCGCGCGCCUCGCCCGCUGGCCCGUCGCCGGCCUCGGCGCGCUCCUCCUCCUCGUCGCGCUCGCGGGCUUCCUCGGUGCCUACCGCAACCGCAGGGGCCUCCUCGCCUGCUACCUCUUCGCCAUGGCCGCGCUCAUCACGCUCCUCCUCGCGCUCCUCGUCGCCGCCUUCGCCGUCGCGCACGGCUCCGGGGCGUACCCGGUGCCCGGCCGCGCCUACCUGGACUACCGCCUCGAGGGGUACUCCCCGUGGCUGCGGAGGUACGUCGCCGGCAACCCGGACCGGUGGGAGGGGAUCCGGGCGUGCGUCGCCGGGUCGGGCACCUGCUCGAAGCUCGCCAUGGACAGAUCCUUCAUCGUGCCGGAGCAGUUCUACAUGACGCACCUCUCGCUCAUCGAGUCCUGGUGCUGCAAGCCGCCGACGGCGUGCGGGUUCGCGUACGUGUCGCCGACGGCGUGGUCGGGCCCGGCGGCGGGCGCGGCGGCGGACGCGGACUGCGCGGCGUGGAGCAACGACCCGGCCGAGCUCUGCUACGGCUGCGCCUCCUGCAAGGCCGGCGUGCUGGGGGCGCUCCGGGAGCAGUGGCGCCGGGCUAGCGUGGCGCUGCUCGCCGCCACCGUCGCGCUGCUCGCCGCCACCGUCGCGCUCAUCUUCGUCUACGUCGUCGGCUGCUGCGCCUUCCGCAACGCGCAGACGGAGGACAUGUUCCGCCGCUACAAGUGGGGCAACAACAACUACUGACCUCCGCAAUGCGCUGCACGCUUGUCUCUCGCCGGUGUAAGCAAGCAGGGAGGUGAGUUCUGUGUGUAGUAAUGUCUUGAGAAGCUUGUGGUUAAGAUGAUGGUUUUGGUGCCGGUGAUCUGAGCAAGAAUUUCGACGAAAUGAGCCUCCUCUUUCUUUUCUGAAUUCUGUGAUCCAAGAAUCUCGAUGCGAUCCUGACUGACUGAACCUUCUAAGAUCAGUUGACAGUUUGGGGUGUUGUUGGGGCCCUCGGCUCGUGCUUUUUGAUCUGUGUCCUCUCACUGGGGACGACUAUGGUUGUCA